UUUUUUAUUUGUAUUUUUUAUUUUUAUUUCUGUUUUUUUUUUCUUUGGGAAGAAGAUUUCUUUUUUCCCCUCUGUGGUUGGAAUGGAGGGGUUGGGUCUGUGCCUAAGAAGCAGCAGCCAAACGUCGGUCCUGGGAGAAACCCGAGUGGAUGUGGGGUCCCCUGCCAGCUAACUCUCCAGGAGCUGCAGCCCCACGGCCGGAGGGGCUGGAUGCAGUGAGAGAACCUCUCACGGGAUCCUCGUGGUGACGUGGCAGCCAAGACGUGGAAGUUUGGGACUUCUCUUCCACCGCAGCAGAAUUUGGGGGGUGGGCAGGGGUGGGUCAGGGGGACACUGGGAGUCGCAAGACCCUUCACCUUCACUGUGGGCUUGGCUCAGGGAUGACUACGGGCAGAGUCAACCCUUACAGCAUCGUGUCCUCUGAGGAAGACGGGCUGAGGUUGACCACCAUGCCAGGUAUCAACGGCUUUGGCAAUGGGAAAAUCCACACCAGGAGGAAAUGCAGGAACAGGUUUGUAAAGAAGAAUGGUCAGUGCAACGUGGAGUUCACCAACAUGGAUGACAAGCCACAGAGGUACAUUGCAGACAUGUUCACCACGUGCGUUGACAUCCGCUGGAGGUAUAUGCUCUUGCUUUUUUCUCUGGCAUUUCUGGUGUCCUGGUUAUUGUUUGGGCUGAUUUUCUGGCUAAUUGCACUCAUUCACGGAGACCUAGAAAACCCAGGUGGAGACGAUACUUUCAAGCCUUGCGUUCUGCAGGUCAAUGGCUUUGUGGCUGCUUUUCUGUUCUCCAUCGAGACCCAAACGACGAUCGGGUACGGCUUCCGCUGCGUGACUGAGGAGUGUCCGCUCGCUGUCUUCAUGGUGGUGGUUCAGUCCAUCGUGGGCUGUAUAAUCGACUCUUUCAUGAUUGGUGCAAUAAUGGCAAAAAUGGCCAGGCCCAAAAAACGGGCCCAGACAUUACUUUUCAGCCAUAACGCAGUAGUGGCCAUGAGAGAUGGAAAACUCUGCCUGAUGUGGAGAGUUGGGAACCUACGGAAAAGCCACAUAGUAGAAGCCCACGUACGAGCUCAGCUAAUUAAGCCCAGGAUCACAGAGGAAGGGGAGUACAUCCCACUCGACCAAAUAGACAUUGAUGUGGGGUUUGAUAAAGGCUUGGACCGUAUUUUCUUGGUGUCUCCCAUCACCAUUCUCCACGAGAUCAACGAAGACAGCCCCUUGUUUGGGAUCAGCCGCCAGGACUUGGAGACAGAUGACUUUGAGAUCGUCGUCAUCCUGGAGGGCAUGGUAGAGGCCACAGCCAUGACGACGCAAGCUCGGAGCUCCUACCUGGCCAGUGAGAUACUGUGGGGCCACCGCUUCGAGCCUGUCUUGUUUGAGGAGAAAAACCAGUACAAAGUAGACUAUUCCCACUUCCACAAAACCUACGAGGUCCCGUCCACACCCCGCUGCAGCGCCAAGGACUUGGUGGAGAACAAAUUCCUGCUGCCCAGCACCAACUCCUUCUGCUACGAGAAUGAGCUGGCCUUCAUGAGCCGCGACGAGGAAGAGGAAGACGAUGACAGCCGGGGUCUGGAGGACCUCAGCCCGGACAACAGGCACGAGUUUGACAGGCUUCAAGCCACAAUAGCGUUGGAUCAGCGGUCGUACAGGAGGGAGUCGGAAAUAUGACGCUUGGUCCUUCCGUUGACUUUUCCAAGGGUAUUUUUUUUCCUCCUCUAAUCUCUUCCCCUACAACCCGCUCAAAUUAUGCAGAACAAUGCAAGUGCCAUAGGAAUGCUUGAGAAAUUAGUAUCGUUCAUAGUUUUCAGUUUCAUCGCAAUAACCACUGAGCGGUCUGCAGGAGGGGACGGUGGCAGGCCACGGCGCGUCCCCCGCGCCCGGCGCCCGCGGCAGGGCCCACGGCUCUGGGGGAUGGAUGGACAGAUGGAUGGAGGGAUGGGUGGAUGAAUGAAUGGAUGGAUGGAUGGAUGGAUGGAUGGAUGGAUGGAUGGAAGGAAGGAUGAGGAGAGGAGGGUCCGUGGGGCAUGGGCAGGUGCUCGCCCCACACGGCCCCGUGGGGCUUUGCUCUCCCUGCGGGGAAAACGCCAGCGUUUUCCUGGAGCUGAGCACUGCGAGAUCCAAAAAA